AUGAAGGCAGGAUACAUUGAAAUUCAGAGUAGCCUGAAUCUUUGGCGAGAUCAAGCACCUCAGGCAAGUAGCUCAGACAGACUGGAGGAACCCGGCAGACAAAGCAUCCAUUUUCUUCCUGAGAUCAAGACGCGGUUCCCAGUCCCUUGCUACAGCCUUUUCAGGUAUUGUUCCCGUAUCAUGGUGCUUGAAGGUUUCACAAUGGGUUUAAUGAGUACAUAUCUUUGGCGACGCCGUUUUAAGGGGACAAAAGUCACAUACUGGCUUAUCACUGGUAUUACACUUGGGUAUAGAAAUGGCAGAAUGCACGAGGCUGGAGGUACAUCGUUACUGAAUACAAACAAUAACACGAAAGAGGUUAUUUACUCGCACAGGUUUACUGGGAGUUCCUUUAAGAUCACAGAAAGAUUUCCACAAGAUCCCUCACUUCCAAGCAGGGAACCCCGUUGCAAUAUUGCAAUUCAGGCCGAGCAGAUACCUCGCCAAGGUCAGAGUUCCGGGCUUUCACCAAAGCUGUUUUCCGGCCAGUGUUCUCAAGCACUUCGGGAGGCACGGAGCACACUUGCCAUGAGCCAGAUAAGCAUCCAGACGGCGGGGGUGACGGUGGAGCAGCUGGACUUCCCGCCCCUGGUGCUGGGCGAGGGACCCUACUGGAUCGAGAGCCUCCAGGCGCUCAUGCUCGCCGACGUCUACAGCAACAUCCUCAGGAGGCGCUUCUUCCCCUCCGGCAGACACCAGGUCCUGCAUCUGGGCGAGACCGGCGGCCCCAACGACUUGGUGACGGCCGCGAUCCCAGUGGAGGACGAGGCCGACCUGUACGUGGCCGUGACGGGGAGGGACCUGUCGUUCCUGCGCUGGACGGCCCGGGACCCCGACGACCACAGCACGACCGCGAAGUCCGUCCACACGACCAGCGACUUCGGCUUCAACGAUGCCAAGUGUGACCCUCGAGGACGACUCUGGGCUGGCACGGUCUCCUUGUUGGACGAAGGCAAAGAGGCGACGGAGGCCAACGCUUCGGCGCUUUACAGGAUGGACAGCAAUCUCGUGGUCACCAAAUGGGCUCCGGUGUUCCUCUCGAACGGCCUGGCCUGGAGUCUGGACCGGAAGAGCUUCUACUUCGUGGACACUCACACUCGCACCAUCGACGCCUUCGACUACGACGACGAGUCCGGAGCCAUCAGUAACCGGCGCCUGCUUCUCGACUACGCCAAGGCCGACCUGAGAGACCAAGUCCCGGAUGGAAUGGCGAUCGACGUCGACGGGAACCUGUGGGUGGCGUCCUUCGGCUCUCAUCAGGUCCUCUGCGUGAACCCCCGCACCGGCAGGAUCCUCCGCCGCGUCGCCAUUCCCGCCAAGAACCCGACUUCGGUGUGCUGGGGAGGACCCGACUACUCCACCCUCUUCGUGACCUCGGGAACCCUCUUCAUGACCCCGGAGGAGGUCGCGGCCAACCCCUCUUCGGGGAGGACCUUUGCCGUGACGGGUCUUGGCACCAAGGGCCUCCCCGCUGCCCGCUUCAGGCUCAAUUCCGAGCAGCUCCGGGCACGACGCGUGGGUGUGUGACGGGCUGUCGGGGUGGGCACUGCCAUGGCAUGGCGGAAAGGCGCUUCGCCAAGAUCACGAUACGAUGAGAAAUAGGAAAUGGCGUCGAAUGCUGUUUAAAAGCCCUGUCACGCCAACACUUUUUUUCCGUAAUUUUUCGCGUUUCCGAAUGAACUUUCCGUAUGAAAAUCAACCAAGACAAAGACAAAG